AUGGAAGAACCAGUUCCUGCAGGGAAAACAAAAUUUACGUCCGGAGGAACGACAUUUAUAGUUGAUGACCGCUAUGAAUAUAUCAAAAAGAUAGGGCACGGAGCGUAUGGAGUAGUUGUUGCAGCGAUAGACCAUCAAACUAAUACGAAAGUUGGUAUCAAAAAGAUCCCAAAUGCAUUUGAAGACUUGAUUGAUGCUAAAAGGAUUCUUCGUGAGAUUAAGCUUUUAGGCUUCUUCGACCAUGAGAAUGUGAUUAGCUUACUUGAUGUGCAGCUUCCUCCAGCUAGGACAGGCUACAACGAUAUUUAUAUCGUAACUGAUCUGAUGGAGACAGAUCUACACCGAGUGAUUUACUCCAGACAAGAUCUAACUGACGAUCAUAUCCAAUAUUUCAUGUAUCAACUCUUAAGAGGCGUCCUUUAUAUACACUCUGCCAAUGUAAUUCAUAGAGACUUGAAACCAUCCAACUUACUUCUUAAUAAAAACUGUGACUUGAAGAUCUGCGACCUCGGACUUGCCAGAGGCUAUGACAGAGAAACUGAAAACUUAACUGAAUAUGUGGUAACCAGGUGGUAUCGGGCACCUGAGGUAAUUUUGAAUUCAUCUAUGUAUACCAAACAAAUCGAUAUAUGAAGCUGCGGGUGCAUUUUUGCUGAGUUACUUGGCAGAGCCCCGCUAUUUCCUGGUGAAGAUUAUCUUGACCAGGUACAAAGAGUCAUUGGCGUAUUAGGAACUCCUAAUUCUGAAGACAUGAAUUUCAUUGGAAACCCAGCUGCAAGGAGAUUUAUAUCAAAACUCCCGAAAAGAGAAAAAAUGAGAUGGCAGACUUUGUACCCUAAAGCAAAUCCGGUUGCUUUGGAGCUUAUCGACAAAAUGCUUGUGUUCAACCCUGAAAAAAGAUGGACUGUUGAGCAGUGCCUCGGCCACCCUUAUUUUCAAGAUUUGCAUAAUCCUGAAGAAGAGCCUCUUGCAAGUGAGCCUUUUGAUUGGAGCUUUGAUAAUUUCGAACCUACAAGAGAUCUACUGACGAACUUUAUAUAUGAAGAAGCUCUGAAAUUCCAUCCAAUAAAUUAA